GAUAUUGUUUCAGUCUCACUUCCGGGUGUCACAUUCAUUUGUCUCCCCCAAAAUGGCGAACUUAGCCGCUGCUGCUGCGGCCGCCGCCGCCGCCGCCCUCGCCGCGAACAGAGACCCAGCCGUCGAUCGAUCACUGCGAUCGGUUUUCGUUGGGAACAUUCCGUAUGAGGCUACAGAGGAGCAGCUGAAAGACAUUUUUUCUGAAGUGGGGCUUGUUGUCAGCUUCAGGUUGGUGUACGACAGGGAAACGGGAAAGCCGAAGGGAUAUGGCUUCUGCGAAUAUCAAGACCAGGAGACGGCCCUCAGUGCCAUGCGGAACCUGAACGGGAGAGAGUUCAGUGGCCGGGCCCUGCGUGUCGACAACGCAGCCAGCGAGAAAAACAAGGAAGAGCUCAAAAGUUUGGGAACGGGGGCCCCUAUCAUCGAGUCCCCUUAUGGAGAUAACAUCCAGCCACAAGAAGCUCCGGAGUCCAUCAGCAGAGCUGUGGCCAGUCUGCCCCCUGAGCAGAUGUUUGAACUUAUGAAGCAGAUGAAGCUGUGUGUGCAGAACAGUCCCCAGGAGGCGAGGAACAUGCUGCUGCAGAACCCCCAGCUGGCCUAUGCUCUGCUGCAGGCCCAGGUGGUCAUGCGGAUUGUCGACCCUGAGAUCGCCUUGAAGAUGCUCCACCGCCAGACGCCCGUCCAGCCUCUGAUUUCCAGUGGGCCGGUUGGAGGAGCGCCGCCGCUCAACCCGCCUUCCCUCCCGCCCAGCGCGCCGCCGUCCCAGCCGCAGCCCGGGCCUGGAAUGCAUGUCAAUGGAGCCCCUCAAAUGAUGCAGCCCCCUAACAUGGGAGUGGUCCCCGGACCGAUGCCUGUUCCAGGACCGGGACCGGGACAAGGGCCGUUACCAGGACCAGUCGGGCCUCCAGGAAACCUUCAGCAUUCUCCCACAGGAUCGUCUGGGCAAGCUGCUAUCGAGCGGCCUCAAGAGUCACAGGACACAAGACCAGGCGGCAUCCCCCCCAGAGGCCUGCUGGGCGACGGCCCUAACGACCCCAGAGGAGGAACUCUACUGUCUGUCACAGGGGAGGUCAUAGAGCCCAGCCGGGGUUACAUGGCACCUCCGCCGCCCCAUCAAGCCCCACCUGUGCACAUGAGCCAAAUGCCAGGUGGACCCCCUCCGGAUAUGAGAGGACCUCCAAUGGACAUGAGAGGCCCGCCCAUGGGUGAACCACGCAACAUGAUGGGGGACCCCAGAGGGCCCCCUAUGAUGGAGCCCCGCGGCCCCCCAAUGGAAACCAGAGGUCGCGACCCGAGGGCGAUGGACGCACGUGGUCCAGUGACUGGCCAGAGGGUUCCCAUGGCGACUGGAAUGCAAGCUCCUGUUCCUCAUAACAUGGGUCAAAACGCUCCUCCAAGACCGGGUCCCGGUAUCUCCGGCGGCCCCCCAUCAGGAGGCGGCUUCAGUCCGGGGCAGGGCCAGGUCUCCACACAGGACCAGGAGAAGGCUGCCCUGAUUAUGCAGGUCCUGCAGCUGACCCCAGAACAGAUCGCCAUGUUGCCUCCAGAGCAGCGGCAGAGCAUCCUCAUCCUCAAAGAGCAGAUUCAGAAGACUGCAGGCGGGGCGCCGUAAUAACAUUGACUCGUUUUCAUCAACCGGCCCGAAGAAGUCUCCUUUUGAUGCAGAGGAUUGUAUAGUUUGUUUUUUAAAUCCGUCUCUGUAUGAAAGAUUUUUGCUUAUCGAUUUAAAAAUAAGUGACAGAUUUGAGUGAAUGCUGAACUGAUUCAUAAAAGCAGGAAUCGGUGGUCGUGAAUUCUUUUCCCUGGAAAAUGUUUGGAUGUUUUGUCAAUAAAACAGAAAAAAUUCA